GAGACGUUCGCGUAGCUCGCCAUACUGCGUGAGCGAAUACGCUUAGAACUGCAUAUACAACGUAACUGGAUUUAUUAGGAGUAGCCUAAAAUCUAACUAAACAAAUUACUAACGGCAACUUUGAAAGGAUUUGCUUUUCUGUUUAUUUUUUUGAACUGAUUGGCUAUUGUAAGGAUCAAAAUUAAGGGCGAUUAUAAACCCUGUGCCUGGAGAAGACGGGACCACCGGAGUAGGGUUUCCUUUUGACAAAGAAAAGCUUUGAACUGGCUCCGUCCCGUUUGUUUUUGUUCUUCGUGGAGACUCAAAAGCAAUUGCGGUUGCCUUCAUCAGUUACUGCAACCAUUCUCAUCCUUAAACUGUAGAGUAGAAAUAACUCCGUGGGCAUGGGAGUCUAACUCGGUGAUGUUAGUGUACUUUCUUUGGAAAAAAAAAUACAAAGGAAAACAUAGUAUAAAAUAGAAUUUAUUAACCAAAAUAAAACGCAAACAUAAAACAAAUUUGACUACACGCUCGUAUUCUGCGGAGUGUCUUUUUUUUUUGUCCGUCUCGGAAUUCUACUUCUGGUCAACAAGGCAAAUGACCGAUCGGCCGUCGAAUUCUGAAAAUACAGUAGCGCGUUCAUAAUACGCUCCCUGUGAAACAAAAGAUCCAAUUCCACACCAUCGCGCUCCAGUCUCGAGCUUAGCUCCUCCCUGCGUGUAGCGGGUGACAGCUGGGAUCGCUGUGCACUAGUAAAGGAGGCUUCAUCUCCAAAUAGGAUGACUAGCAGCUUUUGUGGGAGAACUGCGUUCGGUAGCUGCGAAUGGUUCGGGACCGCUCCACUGUUAGUUCUUGGACGCCUUCUCGGUUCCGAUAAGGGAUUUAUUAAGAAUUGGGUUUAAAGUGGAUUCCACAUGGAUUUUUUCCAUACGAAGACCAAAAGUGCGUGCAGGCACGGUCUGUAAGGGAAAAGCGUAUAUUCUUCAGAGAUCUCCGAAAGUACCCCUACGCAUUUUCUUGCUGAACAUUUAUUUAAAUUGCUGCUCAUAGUUAGAACUGCCACAAAGCCGAAUCGUAAAUGGAUUACUAACAGGAAGACCUGCUGCUCUUCCUCGUAUUCCCGAGCGCUGUCCAUUCAUGAUCUGAAGGAAACAAGAAGAAAAUAAUGCUGGGUUCCUUAUCCGAAAGUCUCAUGCCAGCACAUUCCGAAUCUUAAGGGCGAAGUAACGAAGCGAUCCAGGUCGGACGGCGGCGGCGCCACCAUGAGGGCCGCGGCCUUGCUGCUGCACUUAGCGCUGCUGCAGCUCGCCAGGGCCGGCUUCCCAGAAGACUCGGAGCCAAUCAGCAUCUCGCACGGCAACUAUACGAAGCAGUACCCAGCGUUCGUUGGCCACAAGCCCGGCAGGAACAACACCCAGCGGCACAGACUGGACAUCCAGCUGAUCAUGAUCAUGAACCGGACUCUCUACAUCGCCGCCAGGGAUCACAUAUAUGCGGUGGACAUGGACACGGCAAACACAGAGGAGAUCUUUUUCAGCAAGAAACUAACAUGGAAGUCCAGGCAGGCCGACGUGGACACCUGCAGAAUGAAGGGGAAGCACAAGGACGAGUGUCACAAUUUCAUCAAGGUCCUCCUGCAGCAGAACAACGACACCCUGUUCGUGUGCGGGACCAACGCGUUCAACCCCUCCUGUCGGACGUACAAGAUGGACACCCUGGACGCCCUCAGUGAAGAGAUCAGCGGGAUGGCGCGCUGCCCUUACGAUGCCAAGCACGCCAACGUGGCCCUGUUCGCUGAUGGAAAGCUUUACUCCGCCACAGUAACAGACUUCCUGGCGAUCGAUGCGGUCAUCUAUCGCAGCCUGGGAGACAGCCCGACCCUGCGCACGGUCAAGCACGACUCCAAGUGGCUCAAAGAGCCGUACUUUGUGCAAGCCGUGGACUACGGGGAUUUUAUCUACUUCUUCUUCCGAGAAAUCGCCAUGGAGUACAACACAAUGGGGAAGGUGGUGUUCCCGCGGGUGGCGAGGGUGUGUAAGAACGACCGGGGCGGCUCCCAGAGGGUGCUGGAGAAGCAGUGGACCUCCUUCCUCAAGACCCGCCUCAACUGCUCCAUCCCCGGCGACUCCCACUUCUACUUCAACAUCCUGCAGGCCGUCACCGACGUCAUCCACGUCAGCGGGCGCGACGUCGUCAUGGCCACCUUCUCCACGCCUUACAACAGCAUUCCCGGCUCGGCGGUGUGCGCCUACGACAUGGCCGAGAUCGCCCUCGCCUUCACCGGACGCUUCAAGGAGCAGAAGUCGCCCGACUCCACCUGGACCCCCGUCCCGGAGGACAAGGUGCCAAAACCAAGGCCCGGCUGCUGUGCCGGCACGGCGUCCGUGGAGCGCUACAAGCUGUCCAACGAGUUCCCGGACGACACGCUGAACUUCAUCAAGAUGCACCCGCUGAUGGACGAAGCCGUGCCCUCCAUCACCAACCGGCCGUGGUUCCUCAAGACCAUGGUGCGAUACCGCCUGACGCGCAUCGCCGUGGACACCGCCGCCGGGCCGCACCGGAACCACACCGUGGUCUUCCUCGGGUCGGAGAAGGGCAUCAUCCUCAAGUUCCUGGCCCGCAUGAGCGGCGGCUUCCUCAACGACAGCCUCUUCCUGGAGGAGCUCAGCGUCUUCAACCCGGAGAAGUGCAGCAUCGACGGCGUGGAGGACAAGCGCAUCGUCAGCAUGCAGCUCGACAGCCCGGGCCGCGCCCUGUUCGUGGCCUUCUCCUCCUGCGUGGUCCGCGUGCCGCUGUCCCGCUGCGAACGCCACGGCCGCUGCAAAAAGUCCUGCAUCGCGUCGCGGGACCCCUACUGCGGCUGGGUGGCGGAGGGCGCGUGCCGGGAGGUCGGCCCGGACACAAAAUGGGCGUUCGAGCAGGACGUGGAGCACGGCAACACAGAUGGACUGGGCGACUGCCAAAAUUCCUUCGUGGCGCUAAAUGACGUUCUGUCCUAUCCGCACAAGCACGAAAGGUCUCGAAACUCACACCACGGCCGCGCCACCUUCCCCUCACACACCAGCGCCCCCCCCCCUCCCGAGCGGGGGCCCCUGGGCCACGGCCGCAUGGUGGAGCAGAAGGACCCGCCGCUGCCGUCCGAUAAGAGGGACCCGUACGUGGCGGUGCCGCCCCACACCCAGCAGGACGCCAACGGGGUGAUCCGUGAGAGCUACCAGAAGGGCCGCGAGCAGCUGGUCCCCGUGACGCUGCUGGCCAUCGCGGUCAUCCUGGCCUUCGCCAUGGGCGCCGUCUUCUCCGGCAUCGUGGUGUACUGCGCGUGCGACCACCGGCGCCGCGCCCUGGAGCUGCCGGGCUCCCGCAAGGACAAGGACGCGGCGGCGGCGGCGGCGGCAGCCUCGCGGCGCGGCUCCAUGAACAGCGUGACCAAGCUGACGGGGCUGUUCGAGACGCAGGCGAAGGACGGCGGGCGGCCGGACGCCAUCCUCACCCCGCUGAUGCACGGCGGCCGCGCGGCCUCCGCCAACGGCAACGGCAAGGCGGCGCUCCGGGCCGACCACCAGCACCACCUGGACCUGGCGGCGCUGCCCACGCCCGAGUCCACGCCCAUGCAGCCGCGCCGCAAGCCCAGCAGGGGGAGCCGCGAGUGGGAGCGCAACCAGAACCUGAUCAACGCCUGCACCAAGGACCUGCCGCCCAUGGGCUCGGCCGUCAUCCCCACCGACCUGCCGCCGCGCGCCUCGCCGGGCCACAUCCCCAGCGUGGUGGUGCUGCCGCAGCACCAGCACCAGCACCAGCACCAGCACCAGCAGGCCUACCAGCACGAGUACGUGGAGCAGCCGCACCGCGCCGACCUGGGGCCCCUGGGCCUGGACGACCAGGCCGCCACGCUGGAGUACAAGGCCCUGAAGAGCCCGUGCCACGGCCUGGGCCUGGGCCUGGGCCUGGGCCUGGGGGAGAAGGACGGCGCGCCCCCCCGCGUGCCCCAGCGCGAGGCCUCGCUGUCCGCGCCCGCCCCCGUGCCCCAGAUGGGCAAGCGGCUGGAGGUGCACUCCUCCAUGUACGGGCACGAGUACAAGCGGGGCUACCCGCUCAGCGCCCAGGCCAAGGGCUCCGCCCUCAAGAAGCACAACACCAACUCGUCCAACUCCUCGCACCUGUCCCGCAACCACAGCUUCGCCCGCGUGGAGAAGCCGCCCCCCGCCCCGCAGAGGGUGGACUCCAUGCACAUGGCGGGCCCCUCGCCGGGGGCGUCCCUGUCCCGCCAGCCCAGCGUCAGCUCCUACGGCUCCCUGCCCCGCGGCGGGGGCAAGCACCUAAAACCCGACGUCCCGCCCAAGCCCUCCUUAGUCUCCCUCUCCACAAACAUCAAGUCCAACGACUCGUGCACAUAAUCGCCCCGGCAACCGGUAACCGAAACAACCGCCACCGCCCAUGCCGCGCCCACUUCGUUCCUCGUCAGUGUACAGCAAAUACAACACACUUUAAAAAAGAUGUUUUUAAAAAAAUAUAUAUAUAUAUCUAUACGAAACGGUUGUCGUGAAGCUCUCAGGCUGUUGAAUCGUGGUUCCUGGAACAAAACAAAAACAAAAAAAAAAAGAAGUGGAAUAUUUGCUAUCGAAACGAAAUGACAAAAUGACUUUCGCCGAUAUUUCGUCAACAACAAAAAAAAAAAAAGCGAAGUCAUUCUGUAGCAUUCUGGAGCGACGUCUGUGUUGUACUUGAGGAGCGGCACAGUGACUCGAUGGAUGUUUUAUUUUUAGUUUUUUUUUCUUUUCUUUUUUUUUUUUAAAAACAGGCUGCCAAAAGCACAUUUGAGCGGUGAAAGCGGGAGUCUCGGAUUGAAAGUGGGAGGCCGGGUGGAGGACCGAACUCGCACUUGGGCACAUUGCUCUCGGACUGCAGCGCUGGCUGGGGCUGACUUUGUGUAGACGACUGUGAAAAUGCCUCUCAGUGUUACGGCUGCCAGCCACCGCAAUCAAGCUCUUUUUCGGCUGAGGCCUCGACCCGAAAAAAUAAAUAAAUCAGCUACUGUACUGGUUACUGGAUAACAUGUGACUGUUAAUACUAAUAGCUCAUUGUAUUUAUUAUUUAAUAAGUGCUUUUUGGAAAAAAGAAAAAAGAGAGAGACAAGACUUUUUUUUAGGCUCAGAAAAAGGAAACAUUUAAUAUGAAUUAAUCGAGUGUGAAUUUAUUUAAAGUCAUAAAACUGGAGCCAGUAAAAGUUUUUUUUGUUUUGUUUUAGUUUUUUUGUCAAAUUGGUCCGUUGACUGUGUAGGACCUCGGCUUUUAAAGCUUGGGACAAGCGUGACCUCUGGUUGUGCGGGGGGUGGGGUGGGGUGGGAUAUUUAUUUACCUGUGCCAGGUGGCUCGUGAGCAGAGCCGGGACGUUCCAGGAGUCGACCGUCCCACGACAGAAGCGGACCGACCGACGCACGGAACUCCCUCGACCUCAUCGUCGCCUCUCCAUCGACCUCUCUCCGCCCCGCCCGCGCCAGAGAGCUGCAGGUCCACUGCGGGCCAGUCGAGGGUCACUGUUUUUUGCAUGUAAAAAAAUGCAAAGGGGGAACAAAAAAAAAUGAAUAGAAAAAUCACACACAAAAACAAGAAAACGUGUGAAAGGGUAAGUUUUCUGCCAGGUUUUUUGGAAAGUAUCGUCUUUUGCCAGAUAAAGAAAGGAGGUAUCAACUCUAGUCUUCUCACGUGGGCCUUUCAUGGGAAUUCAUCUGUUAAUAGCCUGUUUAUCUUCCACAUGUAAAUGUGUGCCUUACACCCAAAGUAGUGGUUUCUUUAGCUGUUAAUUAUGUUUCCUGGUAGAUUUUACGAAGAGAUAUUUCCCCUUGUCGAGGCAAAGAAUGUAGGUGUUCUUGUUGUAACUCUGGUCCCUAGGAAUAUUCGGAAAAGGGGAAGGGGGUUGGACGGUGAUAACCCCCUCGUUCUUUUUUUGUGGUUCCUUUUUUUUUUCGGAUUGUGCCAACGAUGCGCUUGAAGAAAUCCCUUUCCGUUGUGCUGGCAGUGUCGACAAUGUUGUGGGUGUUUGUUUUUUAAUCCAUCAGGUCCCGAUAUUCUUUUUGGCUCUCAUCUUUUUGCUGUUUGGUAGAGUGAUUAAUGUACGUUUCUGCAAAGGCCUCCUUGUGUUCAACAGAUGCACUGCAAUAACAAACCACACAUUUUUUCGGCCACACCAAUGGUAUAUCGAUAAGACACCGGCUUUCUAGUGUAAAUGAUAAAACUCGAUUUCUAGGCAGUUAAAAAAAAAAAAAGAAGCAGGCUGGUUCCUGCGGUAACAAAAACCUCCUCGAAUAAAAUUAGGCAAAUAUAUUUUAACCCCCUUUUAUAAAAACCAAGUUUCAGCAAUUGAAACAGAUUAGUAUGAUUAAUCUAUUAACUCUCUAUAUCGAUGUGCUAUACGGGAGGGUUUUAUCGGACUAUUUUUUGUUUAUUUGUGGAUUUUUACAUGAUAUUUCACGUGAUGUGUAUCACCAUCGCUCCCAGAUGGGCAGAUCGCUCGCCCAGUUGUCUUUCUGCAGAGAGAGGCGAGCAUCGAACCCUUCGACGGGUUUCCUAUAACAAACGAGAGAAGCGAGCCAUUACCUGUGGUCGUGCAGCCAAUGUGAAAUUAACACGUAGGAUUUUACCCCCCCUGCCCCCCCCCCCCAUCGGUUUCCGUAAAGGAGUAAUCGUGUUUCUUUAACCGAAUUGUACAUAGACGCUUGUAGGGUUUUGAGUGCAUUGACUGUGUCAUGCAUCAGAAUAUACCUUGUGAAGGGACCUUCGUUCCUGUUCCUUUCUUUUCAGUAGUGCAGAUGGCAUCUAUGCCCACAGUUUGGAUGGUGUCUGUUGACCGUGGGCUGUUUUUGGUGUGCCUUUGUCUUUCACCCUUGCUAUACACUGCUAGAUGCAACCGAGUCAAACUCUCAAAAUCGUUUCUAAUUUGUAAGCUUGUAAAAUAUUGUGAUGUCACCAGGUUUUUUGCCCUUCACUUCUUUAACAUUUGAUUCACAGCUAAAUGUAUGUUGUAAAGAAAUUCUCUUUAAUAAAUGAAAAAAAUGUAAUAAAAACAAAAACUAAG